GUGCCUUUAAUUUCUGUCAGGCCAGAAAUAUACAAGAGAAGUCACGGAUCAAAACAUGAGGGGUCAUCUGUGACUUUGUUCAUCGUAAACAAGUGUAUAAAAAGUUAUGUUGCAAGUCUUUGAUAGAGGCGGAUCUUAGCAAUAAAACAUGGUGAGUUAGUAUUGAUUAUAUCGAUGCUACCGUGAAAGGAUAGCUUACUGCAUUGAAGUGUUUAGACAAGAGCAGAAGCUUUAGAAUUGCGUUAGUAAAGCUGGCUAGCCAGCCAGUUAGCUAACUAGCGACUGUAGCAGCAUACUAGUGAAAGUGAGCAAGCUGAUAGAGUGUGUGUAACUACGACUAACAGCCAUACAGUUGGUGGCUAGCUAACAUUACUCAUCCUAGACCCCUGACGCAUAAAUGGUUAACGUUACAGCUAGAAACAAAUAGCAGCAUGACUACUGCAGCGCCAUCAUGUGGAAACCAUUAAGGCCAGUUCCAUGGUGGCAGUGGGGCUCACCCUAGCAGCAGCUGGAUUUGUAGGUCGCUAUGCCAUGCAGGCCAUGAAACACAUGGAACCCCAAAUGAAGCAAGCUAUGCAGAGUUUUCCCAAAUCGGCUUUUGGUGGUGGAUACUACAGAGGUGGAUUUGAUCCCAAAAUGAACAAGAGAGAGGCGUCGCUCGUUCUAGGAGUCAGUCCCACAGCUAACAAGACCAAGAUCAGAGAAGCCCACAGAAAACUGAUGAUUCUUAAUCACCCCGAUAGAGGUGGAUCACCAUAUCUUGCAGCUAAAAUAAAUGAAGCAAAGGAUUUACUUGAUGGACAACUAAAGAAAUAGAUCAGAUAAUCACAUUGCACUUGGUUUUUCUUAUUAAUUGUGCCCAAAUAAAUAAUGUAAGAGAUCAAACUCA